UAGGGAUCGCCCAUUUAUUUAGAAUUUCUUCUACCUCAGACCAGUCAUGUGAUUGCAGGCUAUGGCUUCCAGCUCACCGAAGCCCAGGGUCUAUCGGUUGAGAGGAUGCCCGAUCUAUUUAGACAGAUCGGGAACCGCUGAGCUGCUCAGCCGAGAACUUGGAGAUGUCGCGCCCAGCGACAUUGCCAUCCAGUCUCUGGCAACAAAUUUGGAUCCAUGGGCGAGACCUCCGACCAAAGUAGGAACACUAAUGUUCCGUAAACUCCCGGCCCUGAUUGAAGAACAAACCGAGAAUAAUGAAUGGACAUUGGCCGUGGUUGGGUUGGAAAAGGCUCUAAUCAUUGACACCCACUUCAUGGGGAUAACGCCCCUGAAUGAUGUCGAACAAGAGAAAUGUAGUUUUGACUGCAUUGCUAUCUCGGGUUUGGCAAGCCACCCCUUCGGCUCAUGGCAACCAAAAGGGAAAGACAAAAGCUUCAUGUGGAUCCGAGACGAACUACCCAGCAUCAUGCCUGAGACGAGGAUCAGCAUCUACGGGUACGAUACUGCCCUUGUGGGUAGCAAAUCUUUUCAGUCCAUCCAAGAUCUGGCGAUAUCUCUUAUUGGUCACAUCAAAGCCUCUGGGCAGAGUCUUCCAAGUGCAAAGCCGUUGAUUUUCUUAGCCCAUAGCCUCGGCGGUAUUGUCCUAAAGGAGGCGUUCACAAUAUUAGCGGACAGUGAUGAGCAGAAUGCACAUAUCCUUAAUCUCUUUAAAGGGGGGAUUUUCUUUGGCGUUCCUAGUCAGGGCAUGUCCGUUGAACAUCUUUCAACGAUGGUCAAAGGCCAGAAAAAUGAUCAGAUGGUCCAAAAUCUAUCCAGAGGUUCGAAAUAUCUGCAAGACCUGGACGACAGCUUCUCAGGCCUCUCCCUAACCAGAAGUAUGCACAUUUAUUGGGGCUACGAGACCAAGAUGUCACCAACUGUUAUGAAAAUGCCUGAUGGAUCCUUUAGAAGGGCUGGGUUAGAGGAUAUAUUAGUUUCAAAGGAAUCAGCAACCCGGAAUAUCUAUAACUCACGACCACUCAGCACCUUUCCCAUUAACGAGAAUCACUCCGAAAUGGUCAAAUUUAGAAACGCUGACCCAAACUUCAGUAUCGUGAAAAGUAAGCUAAGAGAGUUGCGUGAGGAUGUUGUCCGGACGAUAGAUGAAAUACCUUUGAUUUCUGAGUCAUAUGAUACCAUAGAAGUUGCGCCAACGGGCCGCGAUGAGUCUGAGAGCUGGUCCGCAAAGAAUCUGAUGGAGUCGCUAUUGAUUCCGGGUCAAGACCACCGCUUCAACACGAUCGACAAAAACUUCGAACACACAUUUGAAUGGGUUUUUGAUGCUGAUAGAUCCUCUUUCCCAAGCUGGCUGAGGGAUGGAGUUGGCUUCUUCUGGAUUCACGGGAAACCAGGCUCGGGAAAGUCGACACUGAUGAAGUUUAUCGCCGAGAAUAAUCGUACUUGGGAACACAUUCAUAAGUUUUCAUCCGGAGCUUUAGGUAUAUCUGCCAUGUUCUUCUUCCACGACAGGGGCGACUUACUGCAAAAGUCAUUUGAAGGUCUUCUCAGAAGCAUCAUUCACCAGAUCAUCGAUCAAGCUCAACGAUCAGGGGUGAGAGUUACCGAGUUCAUGGAGCAUGUUUUCAAAUGUCUUCCCCCGAAGCGGCGACGAGUUGAAUCUUGGACUCUUGAUGUUUUAGAAAACUGUCUACGCCACAUACUUCAGCAAAACAUUUUAGGCUUGAAGAUAUUCCUUCUCCUUGACGCACUGGACGAGUAUGAUGGGCAGCCUGGGUUCAUCUGUCGCUUUCUGCAAGACCUCCUGGAUGCAACAGCCGGCUCGCACACAGAGAUAAAAAUACUCUUUUCUAGCCGUCCCUGGGAUGAAUUCAAACGUCAAUUUGAAGAUGUCGCAUCAAUACAACUCCAAGACUACACGAAAGACGAUAUUGAAAAUUACUGCUGGGGUAUGGUCGAUUUAACAAGCGACCAGAUCUCUGUCACAUUAAGCCCCAUCAUACCAGACGUCAUUGACAAAGCAAACGGAGUUUUCCUCUGGGUCAAGUUGGCGUUACAUGAAUUAAUAAGCGAAGCUCCCAGAAGAAACAACCAUCAGGAGCUUGCAAACAUCCUCAACUCAAUCCCGUCCGACUUGCAAAAGUACUACAUUCGAACUAUCUAUCGUAUACAGGAGAGUCACCGCCGAGAUGCAUUCGUAAUAUUCGAAAUACUCUCGAAGACAAGGAAGAUCCAUCGGCCAUCUGAAAUUGUUGAAAUAGUUGAGUGCUCUAGGGAAUCCGGCUAUGGGGCUUGCCGUGAAACUGUGCAUCAGGGGGAGUACAGUGGUGGAAUGUUCGCCAAGAUGAACAACAGAAUAUUGACCAGCACGGGUAACCUGGUCGAGGUCAUCAACGUUUUAAAUGAUAGAAAAGGUCAACCAGCAGUCCAAUUCAUACAUCAAACGGUUAAAGAGUUUGUCCGCAGCCGGGAUUUUAACCAGAUCUUCUUGGCCAUCUUAAGCCCGAAAGACAGAAGAGGUGGAGAGAAUGGCCACACAUUCCUGGCUAAAUAUUACCUAAUUACGGAAGAAGAAUCAUGUGUCGAACAACUCUUGAAUCAUGAGUUGACAACGGGACGCAGCCUCAAAUAUUUUAUUGAUGGCAUUCCCAGUGAUCAUUAUCCGUACUGCUUCGACGACACGUCUUUGAACGGUCCAUUGGCUCUUGCCUUACAUUGCAAUCUGCAAGUAUACCUGAAGGAGAAGCUACGCUACGAACCCGACGUUUUCAAAAACACGGAAGAAGAACUGCUAGAAUUACGUCUAGCUAAUAAUCUAUCGUUACGAAAACAUCUCGCCAUAUUCCGCUUCAUUUUAGAAAACGGUUAUGUCGUUAAGCAGGACCAGGCGUAUUUUGCGAAAUUCUGUGAGGAGGAAUACGAAAACUACUUGAACUCCGUCGAUAUAAUAUAUAUAAAAGCUACAAUGGUAGUUGCGUACUGGCGCGAUAUUGGCGUGUGGCAUCAAAUUCCACCCAGACCUUCUAACAGUUCGUCUUCUAUCUACCAGAGACCGCCACGAUUCGUGGAAGAUUUACACCAAGCGGGGAUGCCCGGAUCCGUCCUGUAUCUUUUAGACCAUGGUCCCGAAGUCACUGAGCCUACCUCUCUAGGGCAUACUGCCUUGGAUCGUGUUAUCGAAUAUUGGACGAAGAGGUUUGACGACGAUCUACCUCCUAAAGUCAGCGAAAGAGCAAAAGAUUUGACAGCUCAACUACUUGCAGAACACGAAUCGAGAAUACCCCAUCUAAACACCAGAAAGGUUACUAUAGCAUGGCUUAAAUCACAGCAGCAGUCACAUUCGAGUAAUAUGGCGAAAGUACGGAAAAUAUUUAGGAGGCUAUGGCGACGAUAACCUUGAAGAACAUGACUAUACUUCGGACUGACCUAAGACCUGCACAGGUACUAGGUACCUAGGUACCUAGGCAGGUUAAAGCCGAGAAUUAUCGUUUAGAAACCCUAGCGUACCUAGGUAAGUCCUGUGCUUAGCUCUCGUAGAUUUCGAGUCGAGGUUCCUUCUGUUUCUGUUUUCCCUCAAUCCGUUCGUUGGUUUCUUGGUCUUCCAACCUAGUCUUAUUCUGCCGCCCACGGUAGACUAGAAAAGCAACCAGGGCGAGUAGGAGUAUUCCUCCGAGGGUGGAGCCAACCCCUAUUCCAGCCGCGGUACUGGGCCCAAUGCCAUCAUCGCCACUCCCAUCGCUACCGUUACUUUUACUGGUAUCCCUAUCCCGAGGCAUGUUGUUCUGUAAUACACUUUGUUAGAUGAAAAUGUGCACGCAAUUUUAGAGAUAUAGUCAUACGUAUGGAGAGCGGGCAAAGAAGGCAGAAAGUGUCAGCCUCGGCGACUCAUCCUUACUCCAUUCGUCUUUGAUGUGGAAGACGUAAUCACCCGGGGCGAGGUCGACAUUCGGCCUCCAUACGAAUGUGUUGUUACCUGUAUAAUCUAGAAGACUUGUAAGCGGUUAGAUGGCGAUAUGAGUCUAAUAUAAGAAUACUCC